AUGCAGGAUGCCCAGUCGUACAGCUACCGCGAUUCCCUGAGACCAUGGAGCAUAGUAUGUCAAUCAACCUGCCUUGUCGCAAGUGCUCUAGUGAUGGCUAUGAGAAUUUAUACGAAGUUCUUCUUAAGGCGGUCCGCAAGCUGGGAAGACUAUACUUGUCUCAUUGCUUCAGUCGGGUUUAUAGGAUAUGCUACCAUUGCUUUUGAAGCCGAUAAGGUGGGGAGUGGUAUCCAUGAGGCAGAGGUUGCUAAAGAAGACCUUGUGAAAUAUGCAAAGCUUGCCAACGCGUCCCAGAUUAUGUACGGCCCCCUAAUAUUCAUCACCAAGCUGUCCAUCCUAUUGCUUUACCUCCGUGUUUUUGCUCCAGCCAAGAAAAGCUGGAUGUACAUCUUUAUCCACGGGCUUCUCUGGUUCAACGCCGCAUUCUACCUGGCGGACACCCUUAUCGAGAUUUUUGCGUGCGUGCCUCGCGAGAAAAUCUGGAACGCUGAUGUACAUGGACAUUGCAUAAAUGUGAACAUGAUGAUCCUUUCAACCGCUAUCCUGAAUACCAUUUCAGACUUCUCGCUACUGAUGCUACCCAUAUUCUGUGUCUGGCGCCUACAUAUGCGAAAUACUCAGAAAUUGGGUCUAUCAGCCGUCUUCGCUGCUGGCCUCUUCGCAUGCUUUUCAAGCGCCAUGCGCAUUGGCAUCAGUGUGCAAAAGAACAACACAUCUGAUAGGACAUACGACUGGUUCCCAGAAUUUCUUUGGACAUCUGCCGAGAUUAGUGCCGGUAUCAUUGCUAGCUCGUUGCCUGCAGUCCCAUCCUUCUUCCGCCAUGUCAAGGGGAAGGUCGCCACAGCUAUUAGUAGUGAGGUUAAAAGCUUGAGUAAAUCAAACAGACACAGUCUGUCCAAAAGACAAAUGUGGAGUUCUAACAAAGGAUCCGGGUGGAAGAAUGGCCACGGAGAGACCAUACCACAAAUGGAAUAUAAUGAGCUGGAUGAACUACAUGAAUGGCGAUGCCGUGGCUCGCGACUGGUGGAUAAUGGCAUCUAUGCUGGCAGAGAUGCGACUUCCAUUGCUGACAGUCGUACAAGCCAGAAAGGUAUUUUGAAAACUGUAGAAAUAGACGUCGAAGAGACCGAGAUUCGUUGA